UUGCUCGUGAGCGCCGACGCCGUCCCCUUCCACGUCCACCGCGAUCUCCUCUGCGAGUGUUCCGAAUUCUUCCGCGCAGGCUUCGAAAGAAGCUUCAAAAAGGCGUCCGACAAAACCAUGACACUAAACGACACGUCUCAAUACACGAUGCAACUAUUCAUACAAUGGAUGUACAGCGACAAGGUGGUGCCGAUCGUCGACACAGAAAGCAGCGAGCCGCCGACAUUCCGCGAGAACGAGCUCCUCGACCUCUAUAUCUUCGGUGACCGCUAUGGCAUCCCGGCCUUACGGGAAGCGGUCAUG